AUGGACCAAAAUGCCCCAGAUCCAAGCGCUGAUCUACUAGCUUCACAAAAAUCCCAACCGCACACAAACCUAUCUCCCAUAACACCAGCUCCAGACAAAGCUUCUCAGUCAAAAGCAGCACCAGUACAGACUCCUGUUGCUCUGGAGAAAGCAGCCUUGAUUACAUCUCAAACCCCUGCUGAUGACCUCAAGAUUGCUGCUUCCCCAAAGCCUUCAAGUAAUAGAAUUGAAAAGCUGGUAAGUCCUACGAAGUCAACACCAGUAUCGACGCAGCCAUCGAUCGCUCCAGAAUUGGCUCCAGAUGCUUCUCAGCGAAAAGUCGAACCGAUCCAGACUCCUGUUUCUCCAGGAACGUCGACUUCGACUACAUCUCAAAACAGGCCUUUAAACGACAGUGCUCAAGAUGUGGGAACACCUGCGCAGCCACCUAUCAUCCCAGGGCCAGCUCUCAGUACAACGAGCAAGAAUUCCAAUUCAAAGAGCACUCCAACUAUACCAGCCACACCCCCAGCGCGAACGGUAAAGACAAUGACCGCAAUUGCACAAUUCCAGGCCGGUCUUACAACCUCCAGCAGCCGUCAUAGUCCUGUCACCGCCAGCACCAACCCUGUUAGCCCCGUCGCCAACCCUGCUACCCACGCCAACAACUCUUUCGCCCCUAUACGCCAGUCGCGCGCACACUCAUCCCCCAAUUUGGCAAGAGCCUCCAAUCGAAGGUCAACUAGCCUACCAGCCCGGCUCCGUUUCGAUGAUAUACUUGGCAUGCGAAUCAAUGCAAACAUUGAAGAAUUGAUGGUGCGAGAAGCGGAGAAAUCGGCUCGAAACUCAUUUCAUCUCUUCACAACAUGGCUUGAAGCAGAGAAAGCAAAAGAAAAAAAAAAGGACGAGGAGGAGAACGGAACGAUAUGGCAUGAUCUUUGUUGGAUUUCGACCACCCUCAGCGGGACUUUCGCCUCCGGUCUGGUAGGAUGGCUCUACGCUACCUCCAACUCGAUGUUCAUCAGGCUUUUGCCAAACGUCAAACAAUGCCGUACAGACGAUUUUAAUUGCAACCCUAUGCGGAGUAUGGUGAUGUGGUCGUUUAUUUACGGUAUUUGCUUAUUGCUCAUUGUCUGGGUCUUGUACUUUGCAACUAGUGGAAAAUAGGGCGCUUCUACCCACAGAAAGAUCAAAGAUGAGUGGGCAUUAUGGCGAUUGAGCGGAGAGGAAUGGAUCGAAUCAUUGUGGUUCGCAUCGUGGGUCUCUUCUAGCAGUGAUGUCGAGGCUCAGCGUGGGAGAAGGGAAGACUGAUAAGCAAAGGAGUGAGGUUAAGAGCUACUUGGCAAUAGAGCAAAAUAAGUUUGUGAGAGACAUGCUUGUCAGUUACCCCAAGAACUCUCUUUGCCUCGGGGAGUAGCGCCUCCAGUAUUUCGGAAGCUUCGUCCG